AUGGAAACAGUUUUGCUCAUCCUCUCUUCACUCCUGGCAUGUGUUGCUGCUGCAGAGGACCCCACUGCAGAGGAUGGUGAGGCAAAAGUUGAAAACCCUUUUAUUUAUGACUAUGAGACUUUGAGGAUUGGGGGGCUGGCGUUUGCUGUGGUGCUGUUCAUACUCGGCAUCCUUCUCAUCCUCAGUCGGCGAUGUCGCUGCAGUGUGAAGCAGAAGCCCAGGGCUCCUGGAGACGAGGAGGCACAAGAGGAGAACAUGAUUGUCUCCAAGGAUUCAGCAGCUGCCAAAGAAACUCCAGCAGAAAACUGAGACAGCAACACAGGACCACCUUCAGGAAAUCGAUGAUCUUUGUAUUUGACAUUUAGCAACACUUGUUGAAUUGAUGAUCAUUAUAACUGGUUAGAUUACAGGGUCAAAUCGGAGGUGCAUAACAAAAAGGUGUGAUGUGUAAAUAGAUCUCGUUCUUCGUUGUGACUGUGCUCUUGUCCAUUUCUGUGCCUUCCUGUGACAGUCUCUCGCUGCAGUUUGUUGUCUUAGCCAGCAGCAUUGUUCCCCACACAAGAUUGUCUUUAAAAUCCUUUAAAUGUUGUGCGAUCUGCUGUUCUUUUGUAUUCGACUUCAGGUUUUAGGAUUUGUAAAUGUGUUUGCUCGUUUCCUCUGUUGUCCUUGAUAACGUGUGUUACAUUUAGAUCAUAAGACAUAUGCAGUAUUUAAACAGAUACUUUACAAA